AUGAGUAGGUCUCCGUCGUUUAAAGUGAGAACGGAACUGAAUCCGAGUGUUGACUCAGAAUCACUGAAACGAUGGGUUCUUGCAUUUUGUGCUAUUAGAUUUGAUCUCGAACAAGGCCAGCUUGUAGAAGAGUGUUAUCCACAUGGUGUUCUUUCCCAUGAUGAGGAGCUUGAAAUUGCUUAUAGUUCCUUCCCGGAUUCCGUUUCGCAGCAUCAAAAUCGCUCCAGUAUUCAUGAUUGUAUUUUCUUUUUCCGAAUUUGCAGGAAUUUUAAGCCUCCAGCUGGUAAUGUUAACGCCUCUCUGAAAUCUUCUGAGUAUUUGUAUGGUUAUGUGUUUAACAGGCAGAGACAUGAUGAGAGGCUUAAACGCGGCGGGGAACAAAAAUCGGUUGUGAUUUUAUCUCAUAGACCUUAUUCUAGUGUGUUUAGACCUUUGUUACAAAUUGUAGGUCCUUUGUUUUUUGAUAUUGGUAAGAAAGCACUUGAGCAUAUUGCUGCUUAUGUUUCAAAAUGGCCGCCUCCGGUUCCUGGUCAGGUGAUGGAUCUUCCUAUCGGAAAUGCCUCGCUUAAAGUGAACUUACCGCCGGCUCUUAGUUUGCCUGUAGAAAAUGGACUGUCUUUUGAAGAGUCUGCUUCCUCGGCAAACAAUCAGUCUGCUCUGCAGGGUCUUUUUCAUGAUUCGGAUCUUUUUGGGUCGUUUCGUGGGCUUUUAUUACAGCUUUGGUUGUUAUGGGAGUUGUUGCUUAUUGGUGAACCAAUGCUCGUCAUUGCCCCCACCCCUCCACAAUGUUGUGAAGCUGUUGCUAGUCUUGUGAGUUUGGUUGCGCCGUUGCUUUGCAGUGUUGACUUUAGGCCUUAUUUUACCAUCCAUGAUCCUGUGUUUGCACGAUUAAACUCGAUUCAAGAAGGCGAGGCUUUCCCACCGGUGAUAUUAGGUGUGACAAACCUUUUCUUCCUCAAAGCACUUCGUAAUAUUCCACAUAUUGUCUCGGUUGGAAGCCCUCCUCCUAAUUCAAACCGGGUUUCCCUAUCGAGUAGAUCUUCUACUGGCAGAAUUUCUGGUAGACCUGAAGGUCUUGGGUUUCAACAACUCUCCCUAAAAAAGUUUUCUCCUUCAAGUUUAUUGAAUGCAGUUAAGAUGCGAAGAGACGGUCCUCUUUGUCUAAUGACCGAACAUAAGGAAGCUAUUUGGAGUACCUAUUCUGCUACGACUAAGCCAGAUACUUCUAUCUUAAACAGGCUUAUAGAUGCUGGGUUGUCACCAAGAGUUGAGGAGUCAAUGUCUGUUGUGAACAAUGAGAUAUUACGGAGACAUUUCUUGGAGCUCACAACUAAUUUUUUGGCACCCUUUUCCCCAUAUUUUAGAACUACAAUACCAUCAGAAGGAUCUUCUCCUUACACAGACCCUCCUUCUCUACCUCCAUUUGAUGCCAAUGAAUUACUUGCUACUUUAUCAGCAAGAGGUCCGGGGAAGUUUAUUUUAAAGCGAAUGAAAUCUAACUGGCUUGACUUAUACAGGCGAUUCCUGAAUGGACCCAACUUUAUGCCAUGGUUUCGAAGAAGGCGGGCUGUUGCUGAGCAAGAGCAAGAUAGAUUGUGGAGGCAGGCUAGGAUAAAAACGGACAUACAACAGCUUAUUUCUAAAUUUUCUGAGGUUGAAAUUGUGGAUUCUUUCAAUGUUAUAGAGAGACUUCUCCUCAAAGAAAUACAGACGCAACAAUCUGGAAAGGGAGGGGAUGAUUCCAUGGUUGCAAGUCAGAAAUUAAGGGGAGACCUUCAGGCAGUUUUUAAUGUACUAUCAAAGGACAUGCAACAAGUUAUGCUUUCAAAUCCCCAAAGGGCAUCCCUGCUACAUGCAAGUUCAGAAGUGACAAACAUUCCUGGACAUCCAGUAAUACAAGUUGCAGUUGUGUCUUCUACAUCACAGAGGUAA